AUGAACAAGCCUAAGGGUGAGAUGACACCAGAGGAACUCGCACAGAGAGAGCAAGAAGAGUUUAACACGGGUCCUCUGUCUGUUUUAACGCAAUCUGUGAAGAAUAACACUCAAGUUCUCAUAAACUGUCGCAACAACAAAAAGUUGCUCGCCAGAGUGAAAGCGUUCGAUAGACACUGCAACAUGGUUCUUGAAAACGUGAAAGAAAUGUGGACUGAAACUCCAAAGUCAGGAAAAGGGAAAAAGGCCAAACCUGUUAACAAGGACAGAUAUAUUGCCAAGAUGUUUCUCAGGGGCGACUCUGUUAUCCUUGUUCUUAGAAACCCAUUAGCGGCUACAGGAAAGUGA